AUGGAACAUAAUCAGGAUAGGUAUUCGCCAUCCGAUGUCUCCCUGGAGGAACACCGACCUUCGAAGCGACAACGAACAUUGGGACAGCCUGCUCGCGAAGUUGGCCUGAUGCGCAGCGUCCCAGAUGAUCAAUUUCCGGGUUUUGUCGGCAGCGCCAGUGGAAUCUUCUUCAUCAGGUCGGUGUAUAGUGCGAUUCGGCCGUCCACCGUGCCUACUGGUACUACCGCAGAAACGCCUGGGAGCGAUAUCGUGCCGGGUGAAGAUGAUCACCUACCUCUAGUGCAGCCCAACUCUUCUAAGCGUUUAUGGCGAGACGCUGAAAUUGCGUUCAGCCAGACACCUCAUAUAUCAUUCCAAGACUUGGUCACAUUUUCUGGAAGCUAUUUUGCCAAUUGGCAUACGCUCUACCCCUUCCUACACGCGCCGACUAUCUUAGAGUACUUCGACUGCUAUGCAAAGAACGGCUUUCCUGAACGUGAUACUUCGGAAGAGCUUGAUCUGGUGAUAGUUCGAUCGAUCAUGUCCAUCUCGCUUGCAGACCAUCGACAAUCCUCUGGGCAUGGAUGUAUUCAAUACCCUGCCUGUAUCGUCUUUCCGUCAUACGAUGCCGCUGUCGAUAGCCUUCGGGCGAUUCUAUCACGUCCCACAAGCAUACUUACGCUGCAGGCCGCUCUCAGUGUGCAGCUCUUUCUAGUGUCCAUGCUCCGCUUGAACGCAGCAUCGCGCAUUGGAGGGCUCAUCAUGCGCAUGGCCGUGCAGCUAGGCCUUCAUCGCUGCCCAGCUAGGUUUUCAGCCUUCACAUCAAGUGCAAGAGAGCUUCGGCAACGUGUGUUUUGGUCACUGUAUGCCAUCGAUCGGUUCAUUUCCCAGUCUAUGGGCCUACCGCUCGGCCUGCACGAUGACGAUAUCGACGUAUGCUUCCCAUUAGCAGAACACCACCCACAGACGCAUAUUGAGCCUUGCAUCAAACUUCGUCUGCUGCAUCUUCAAGCGCAGCAAGCUAGGUUACGCGGCGAAAUUAUAGAAUUGCGCAAUAAGUCGUUACACUACGUUCAGAACGAUCCCGACCGAGCGACCUCGAUCAUAGCCAAGCUAAGCCAGUGGUGGAAUGAUGUUGAAGACUACAUCGAUCCGGACAGCCAAUCUGGAGCUUCUACCUACGCGAUUACUGUCUUGACAUUGCUUAGACACGAGUCGAUCAUCUCGUUGUAUCGCCCAGUCUUAGCCACCUCUCGCAAAGACGUCGCAUACGACGCUGCCUUACAACAGUGCAUCAAUUCUGCGCGUAGCAUCAUCACCACUUUACACAGCGCUAUCCAGACCAAGUCUAGUAUCGGAACGAUUCACAAUCCACUAGCUUUGUUGUGGCCCUCUUGCACAUGGGCUGUAUGGAUCAGUACAUUCAUCAUGUUUUACGCUGCUCACGAGAGUCGUAUCGCCCAUGCUGUUGUCGUGAGAUUCGCAGACAAAAGCCUCGACAUACUUCAACAUCUUGGGCGACGCGGCAGCACAUGGCCAGAAGCAAGUUCGGCUGCCAUUCGUGACUUGCGGGCUCGAAUACUACACAAACCUGUCCAGGCUCUUGUUGGGCACAGGCCGAACAUCCCUAGAGAUCCUUCCAUCAUUCAGCAAAGCGAGUCGAGUCUACGUUCGGCCUUGCACGAACCUGCCAGUAAAGACGCCUCAGAUCAAGAUGAUGGCCAAGUGGUCAAUGGCGUUGCUCCUCACCAUGAUUCAUGGGACAAGCCACCCAAUUCAGCAUUCGACUCUACCGCAACGAGCAACCCAGCUCAAGAUAGUACUGAUCUUGGUGAAAGCGACAGCUACUGGAAUGUCUUCCUCGGAGCCGAAGGUGCCGACGCCUCAUCUCUUGAGUACUCUAGUGGCUUGGACCCGUUCUCUGGUUUCGACAUACCUUUUUGGUUUGACCAAGGACAGCACUGGGAUUUCUGA